AUGAGGACCGCGGCACGGGCCUCGAGCCCCGACUCCCGGCCAGAGACGCCUCAGACCAGGAAGAAUGCGCAGGCCACUCAGGGCUCACCGAGGCCCAGGGUGAGGCAGGAGGGUGACCGGAAGUGCCCCCCGUCGAUCCUGAGACGAAGCCACAGCCACAGGCCCGAGCCACAGAGGACCUCGAGGCGUGUGCAGUUCCACGAGCCCCUGGAGGUGGCCAUCCAUUACAUCGCCCGCAGGGAGCCCACCGCCAGCACCGCCGCCAGCUCCGCGGCGCCCAGCCGGCCCCAGCGGCACAGAGGCUCCCUGCUCCUGCGGCUGUCCCUGUGCGCCCUGCUGGGCCUGGCGCUGGGCCUGUACUGUGCGGGGACCAAGCCCAUCGCACUGGCCCUCGAGGACCUCCAGGCCCGGCUCCUCGCCCUGGUCCUGCGCCUGCGGCACUGCGUCCUGCAGCUCUGA